CCGCCCACUAGUACUCCUGUGACACCAGCGAGCAGACCUGAACCCCGGGAGAACAUACCAGAAAACCCCCGAGCAGUCCAGACGCUGACUAUCACACACAGCCGACAAAGUCAUGCACCCAGCAGCAGCUAAGUGGUAUGACAGGCGAGACUUUGUCUUCAUUGAGUUCUUGGUGGAGGACAGCAAGGACGUGAAAGUAAAUUUUGACAAGUCCAAAUUUGGUUUUAGCUGUCUCAGUGGAGCAGAUAAUGUGAAGUACUCAAAUGAAAUUGACCUUUUUGGAUCCAUCGAUCAAGAUGGCUCCAAACACAAGCGUACAGACCGGUCAAUUUUGUGCUGUUUACAGAAAGCAGAGACUGGCAAAUCCUGGCCCAGGUUAACAAAAGACAAGGCAAAGCUCAACUGGCUAAGUGUUGACUUCAACAACUGGAAAGACUGGGAGGAUGAUUCAGACGAAGAGAUAUCCAACUAUGAUCGCUUUUCAGAGAUGAUGGGCAACAUGGGAGGAGAGGACGAUUUACCUGAUCUAGACGGAGCAGAUGAUGAAUCAGCUGAUAGUGAUGAUUGA